AUCAUGAUGACACGUACAGAGGAUCAGUCAGUCUUUCGUGGUCUGUUGAACCACAUCGUGGUAGAUACAAUAAUUCUAAUAAAGUGUGUGUGAAUAAAUAUAUUCUUCGACCAUUGCAUACUGCUAAAGCAUUAAUUUGCUGCAGUAAUUUUAAAAAUAUAUAAUUUUUUUUAAUAUAAAUUUGCAAUUAACAUACUGUUCCGGAAUAUUAGAGUGUGUUUUCGAGAUCUCAGAUACAUAUUCCUUUUCUCCGACAUGAUGAUAUUUUUGAAACUAUUAUUAAGUAGUGGAUUAAUUUUUAUCGCUGCGACGGCUUUCAUUCGUAAUGAAUCUCGAUGUUAUAAACCACCAAAAUAUGUAAAACCAAUACAUUACGAUAUCAAGUUUACAUCAGAAAUUGAAGAAAAUAUUUUCUAUGGAGAAUACAAUAUCAGCAUAAACAUUCUUAACAAAACGCAACACAUAUAUUUGCAGUUAGAAAAAUCAUGUAUUUACAAUAUAUAUUUAUUUACAAAUAAUGGAAAUUAUGAGAAUGAGAAAGAUGCAGUAUAUAAACCAACAUAUAAUCGUAAUGAAGACACAAUUAAUAUUGUCUUUGGAGUUGAAUUAUCACCAGGAAAUUAUACUUUAUAUAUAGAAUAUUCUGGUAAAUUUGAUAAAAGCUUCGGAAUUUUUAAUGUGGAAAGAAAAACAACUAGGAUAGCUGCUCUGCAUUUCCACAUAAUAGGCUCCCAACAAUUAAUUCCAUGUUGGAAUUACCGAUAUUCAUUAGAAGCAACAUUUAGCAUAUCUAUAAAAUGUAAUCGAUGCGUGGCUUUGUCAAAUAUGCCAUUGCCAAAUAUUGAAAGAGAUGAGAACAAUGUGUUAUGGACACACUUUAAUACCACACCUGCAAUAUCGCCUUAUCUCGUAACAAUGCUUCUAUCUAAUAAUCUAAUCAAUCUUGAUGACGAAACUCGAGGAAUUAACAUGUGGAGCAGACGCGAAUCUAGAUUAGACAUAAAAUAUGCAGAAAGUGUAGCUGAAGAUAUCAUGUUGUAUUUUCAAACUUAUUGGAAUCGUUCUAACAGUAUUACGCACGUCACUCAUGCUGCAAUUCCUAAUUUCCAUGAUAAAAGCAUCAUAGUUUUCGGACUUGUUCUUUAUAGGGAAGUAGAUAUCAUCUUUAAUACAGUAUUAUAUCCAGUUGCUCGCGCAAUCCAAGUAGCUCAAUUAGUAGAACAUAAAGUGGCACAGGAAUGGUUUUAUAAUCUUAACAAUCACUUUUGGUCGACUUUUUGGUUUAAUGAAGGUCUUACUGGAUUGCUUGCAACAAUUGCUGUCGAUAAGCACCCUUUUUACUGCGCAUGGUACAACACGCCUUCACCGAAGAAUUAUUUUGGAAAAGCGUCCGCCCAUAUAUAUUUGACAAGAUAUUACCGCGUGCACUACGAUAUCGAGAAUUGGCAAAGGAUUUCAAAUUAUCUAAACUCUGAAACUUACACGAAAAUUCAUGUUCUUAAUCGUGCCCAAAUUAUUGAUGAUGCAUUUCAUUUAAUGAUAGCAGGCCAACUCGAAUCAUAUCUAUUCUGGGAUAUCAUAGAGUAUCUACAUCGAGAAGAAGAUUAUAUAGCUUGGUAUCCUAUGUUUAAAGCUCUGGAAUACAUGUUCGGUACCUUUUCAGCGUUUGGCGAACAAUUUAACAAUGUUAAGGGAAGAAUAAGAGCCAUAUUAUUCGAUGUACUUAGAAAAAUCCGAUACAAAGAAGUUGUUGAUCAAGCCUUUCUUAGAAACUGUUUACGAUAUGAAGCUGCAAGAUGGGCAUGUUUUUUCGGUGAUAUCACUUGUAAGACAGAAGCCAACAAUAUAUUAAAACAAUAUAUCAUAGAUAUAAAAUUGCGCAGUCGAUUGCUAUGGAAGCAGGAAUGGAUAUAUUGUAAAGGUUUGAUGAUAACUACCAUAAACGAGACCAUUUGGGAAUCAGUGUUUGAUAUAGGAGUGAGUAAAUCUGACGCUAAAUUUUUGGAAUACUUGGCUUGCCCUGAAGAUAUUGAUGUCAUCGUCUAUUAUUUAAAAAAUAAACGGUAUCAUUCUAUAAAACGGGAAUAUCAACUUGAUGUUAACAGUUUCUUACAUAUUAUUACGAAGCAUGCAAAGAAUCCAACUAUACUGAAGUACAUAUUAGAUCAUUUUAAUGAAGUAAAACCAAAAGAGAUUAAUUUAAAUGCAGCAUUAAUUAUUAUAAUCAACAACGUAUAUUCCGACAAUUUAUCUCAGCAAAUAUCAAGAAAUGUUAGAGGUAUUUUAAACAAUAACUUAAUUGAAGUAAAUAACACAAAAGAUUUAUUUAACAAACAUCAAAUAAAGGAGAGUGACAUUCUGAUAAAGAAGAAUAACUUAUAUGACUACAUAUUAAGACAAAUAAUUAAUCGGAACGGUCAAAUCAGAAGACGAAAGCAGUAUUUUGAAAGAUAUGUUGUAUAAUUUGUCGUUAUCAAAAAUGUCAUCUUUGCAUACGUGGACAUACUUCAUAUGAACGCUAACUUAGUUGAAGUGAAUAACACAGAAGAUUUAUUUAAAAUACAACAAAUAAAAGAGGUAAA